GCGCGUUUCUCUUCCCUCAGGCGUGGCGGUGCAUGGCGCCGGCUCGGCCGGGCAGCGCGGCGGAGGAGGGAGCCGCCGGAGCCGCGGAGCCGGGCGCUCCCGCCAUGGCCACCGCCACCUGGCGCUACCGCGGGGACCCCGGUGCGGAGCAGCCGGCAGCGCUGGCGCAGUUCUCCAACGGCAGGCUGCAGCGGGCCGAGGCCAUGCGGUUCACCGUCUACCGGAACGCGAGCAGCGCGCAUCCCCGGAAGAAGCACCAGCGGAUCCUGGUAUCGGAAAGCGAAAGGCUUUCUUACGUGGGGAAUAACUUCGACAGCGUAGUUAAGAAGUAUAACUCCCUGUGCAGGUAUUUUGUGGGUGUGUUAGACAAGGACUCUGGGCAGAUGGAUGUCUAUAAUGCUGAAAUAUUCAACAUGCAGCCCUUGCUGUCAGGUAACGUAAUGCCUGAUGACACAAAGGAUUACCAGAAUAAAUCCUACAGGGAGAAGAUGGAUUUGUGCAUCGAGGCCUUUGGUACCAGCAAGCAGAAGCGAGCACUGAACUCUCGGCGGAUGAAUGCAGUGGGCAAUGACGUUGUGAAUACGGCUGUGACAAAAGCAGCAGCAAAUGUUAUAGAGGCAAAGGGAGUAACAGCUUUGAUCCAGGAUGUGGCCCAAGAUGAGGAACAGAACAUCUCCAUCUUCCUCCCACCGUGUAAUGAAGAUGCUGACAAACCAGAAAACGUUUACAAGUUUGAGGACAUUCUGUCCCCUGCAGAGUAUAAAGCAUUGGAGGUUCCAGCAGCAGUCUUUGUUAACAUCACUCAGGAAGAAAUCACUAAGAAGACAGAAGAUAAAAGCCAUUGCUCCUUUGUUUUAGAGGAGCUGAAGUUCUUGCCUGCCAAUGAGGAGAGCAGAGAUCGCAAAGCCCGAUGCCUUUGGUUCCUGGACACCCUUAUUAAGUUCAGCCACCUGAAAGUGAUCAAGAAGAAGAAUCCAAUGGGUCCCGAAUGCCCCCACAUUAUUAGCAAGAAGCUCAUGAAGAAUUUCACUUCACUGACCUACAACAAUGGCAGUGUCCAGAAUUUAGUCUCUGCAUCAAUGAAGGCUAAAAUCACAGCGUAUGUCAUUGCGCUGGCUCUGCACAUCAACAACUUCCAAACGGACCUCACCGUCCUGCAGAAUGACCUGAAGCUCCAAGAGAGCAGGAUGAUGGACAUCGCAAAGGCCAUGCGGUUGAAGAUCUCCAAGGCAAAGGGGCUGCCGGGACUGGGGGAUGAUCAUAACCACAAGCUGGGCACGCUCUCUCUCCCCUUGCCGGUGCAGAAGGCGUCAGUGAGCCAGCGGAAGCGCAAGAAAAUGAACUGAAGCUCCGGGAGGUGCGAGCGGGGCAGAGCGGUUCCUUCCUCAGUGCGGUUCUGCACACACAGCACCACGAGGAUGUCGGGUCUGGCCACUCAGCAUCAGCACCUGGCCCUGCCCAGACCCUGUCGUGAGGCCGGGCUGGAGCAGGCGCUCGCCUCAGUAAGCUGCUGCCUUUUUGUAUUUAUGCAGGAAAAGCUAUAAUAAAGCAUCUGUCGUUCUUCCUGUCUGCA